ACAAGACAACAGUUGCCCUGAUGUGACAUAAUGGAGUCAUAUCAAAAGGAAUCACUAAGAAGAAUCAGGAGAAUCGGCCAAACUCUCCUGCAAGAUCUCCUUUCAGUCCACAGAGGAGGCGCAAAUACUCCUAUCCCAGGUCCAUCGGGUAGACAUGCUAAAACAAUCAACUCCUUUGCUAGUUUGCUCAGAGGAAAGAAUCCUCCAGAGUCCUGACACUGUGGAUGUUUACAAGCUGGACAAUCCCACAGUGCGUUCUCCUAAAGCUGACAGAGACGACAUUUACCUACCAGCCAUCCCCAGAAAGGCCUCAAGCCUUACGUCGGUCAGAGGAAGUCUGAGUCAGUCCUGCCCUUAUCUCUCCCACCUCAAAAGAAGAGGAUCCUUCUCCUCUGUUAGCUCUCAGAGAGCUGGAGGUCACAGUAACAAACAGAGCUACCUGAAUGUGCAAAAAGAGGCAAAGAAAUCCAACGUCACCGUGACCAUGACAUACCUAGGUCAAGGUCACAGGGGGUCACGGACGGGGUCAAUUCCUGAUGAACUAAAGGUGCUCCAGCAAGUCAACGGCGGGGAGAACAUCUGCGUCUUUAAGGGCUUGGUGACUCCGGGAGAGCAGUUCAAGUUCGUCUCUCAGAGGCACAGAGGUUUUCCCUUCAGUGCUUCUAUGUAUGCCAAUGGUAUCACGGUGGCCCGUAUCAGCUCCUGCUGCGAGUACCGCUAUGCACCCGGCUUCCAACAGGGCAAGAAAAGUUGCUUCAGGCUGUCCUGGCUGGCUGGUGGGAUACCCUGCCACAGAUGUACAAGUCUUCGAAGCAAAUACAGCUCCUGCCAGCAACUGAAGAACACACAGGAGCGCUUAGUUCUCCCUCUAGUGCAGAGCUAUGUCAAUGUCCCUAUUACAAGCCCAGUGGAAACAUGUCCAUCAUCCCCUCUGUUCAUCCCGUUGAAUAAAUCAGCGAGGAGAACAAGAAGGCGCGUCAAGGACAGCAGCAGUGGAUCCACAGACAACGAGGGCCCCCGGGCUGCUGUGACUACAGAGACCUCCAAGAAGAAGCGGCACAAGGGUCAAACUAAACAGAGCAAAAAGACAGCUACAAGCACCAGAGGGGAAGAGAGCUCUGAGGUUUCCCGAGGGUCAACCGUGUCCCAAAGAUACAAGGGACAAACUUCAUCUGCCAGACAGGAAAAUAUAGAAACAACAGGCAACACAGAGCAGCUGAACACAUACAAAACAGGGAAAGUUCUUGGCUCAUUACAGGAUGAGGAAGUACUGACUAAGCAGAAGUGGGAGAAGCAGAGGGAGUCAAAUGGGAAAAGCAGAGAUGGGGAUCAACUGAGGGACUUCUAUGAAGAAUGCAUGCAGAUGAGUGCCGCGCUGGAGAAGGGCCCAAACAAGCACUCUUGGUUCCAAGCAAACUUGCUACAGAGGCGCCGACUCCACAAGAGGCUGUCAUUUGGCCCCAAAGCGCCAAGCUCAGAUGUGGAGCUGAGUGCAGAGAGUGACAGUGUCUUGCAACCUGAUGGAGAGAAAGAGGAGGAGAAAAAGGCAAAGGCCGGUGAAGAAGAGUCGGCUCAAAAACAAAACCUUCAAGCUCAGCUGGAUGCCAUGAUCGCAGUGCUCAGCAAAUCUGAUGAGGUGGAGCAGCUGGUUCUGAGGAACACUGACCUGACAGACGACCUUCUGCUAGCUCUGGCGGACGCCCUGAAGAGCAGCUCGUCUGAGGUCACGUUGCUCAACCUCAACCUGAACCUCAUCGGCCCGUACGGCGCUCACAUUCUUCUGGACGUCUUGAGAGUAAAGCCUCAGAUCAGAGGAUUACACUUGUUUGGAAACCGACUGCGUGACCAUGGAGUGCUGACGCUUCUGAGUGGGAUAGCGGAACUGCAGGAGCAAACAUCAAGAGUCGCCGUCGCCAUACAUCAAGCAGCACUCUUCCCCUCUGAGCAGCACUUACUCCUACAGCAGGCAAUGCCUAACCUCACCACUAGAGAGAGCUCUUUCAAGGUGUUUACACUUUUAGAACUGGAUCUCGGGGGUAACAACCUAAGCGGGGAUGGGGUGAAGGUGCUAGCAUCCUACAUGAGGCAUCACUCCCACCUGCAGUACUUAGGGCUGGCUCAGACCGGAGGUGCGGACCUGGCGGCAUGGAAAGAACUUUUCCACAGCCUCAGAGGAAACAGCUCGCUGACUCAGAUCAUUCUAGAUGAGAACAACCUUGGUGACCCCGGAGUCAGGCUGCUGGCUGACGUGUUGAAAGUGAACGCCAGUCUGCAGACAGUGGAUCUGGACGGGAACGGCAUCAGCGACGUUGGAGGAAACGACCUGAUGGCAGCUUUGCUUUGCAGGGGCCAGUUUCCAAUGAGGCACCUGAGCCUUGCCGAGAACAAAAUCAGCUCUGGACUCAUGAGUAGGAUACAGGAAGAGCUGAACUAUAAAUGAAAUCGGGCACUUAAAUAUCAUGAGAACCAGCAAACAAAGCAAGACCUGCUAACCUUUAGAGUGGAAAACCGGCUCAUUUGACCUUUAAAACAAGCACACAAAGGUUACCUGUGUCUCACAUCUGGAUGGACCUUUUACUAAAUGUUGCCUCUUCACAGAGGAAGUGGAGGAGUUGCGUGCUGAAUGCAUUCCUAAAGAGAUCGCCUUGUUUGUUUACAUCCUCACUUUACUUUUUCCCCUCCAGUGGAUCCUUGUGACUCCACACCUCGACCCCCGUCAUAGAUUCUAGAAUAAUCCUCUUCUCAUGACAAGGAAAAAAGACCACAACCACAGUGACUCAUUCCACCCACAGAAAUCAGAAAUCACAAGAGAUGACUAACCAACAACUUUCCCACCCCCCUCCUCACGGUAGCCAUCAUCAGAUCCUUGUUACGGACAGCCAAGGCAAGCAUGCUCAUUUGGCCCUCUGGUCUCUUUAUGUGUGCAAGACAGUGCUUCUAUUGAGGACCCGGAGGAGGAGAAAAAAAGGGGGAAAAUGUCUGAAUUUUGGGGGCUGUCACUUCAUUCAUUGUUCUGCCGUGAUCAAAGCUUGUCAAAGCGGUAAUUAUCUCCUCGUCUCAGCGACGCCAGCAGUGAGUCUGCUGAAAUCAAUCCUUCGUAUAUUCUAUCUGAAAGUCUUUGAGGGUCCCUCGCUGUGGAACACAGAUAAAGAUGUUCUCCAAGGAUGACAGAUAAAUGAGGCAGCCUCACCUGGAGAUAACAUCCGAAGUUGUCCUCGUGUGGCAUGUGAACAUGAACAAUUAAAACUCCACAUAGCACGGCUUAGUUUCGCAAAGUCCAUUUUGUCAUCAACAUAAUGCAAUGGGGUGUUUAUUGCCUUGUUCAUUGCCCAUCUACAAGGAUCUCCAUAGCUCUAUUUGGGCGCUGAACUGGAAUUUACAUUCUCCCCUGAUAACGCUGUGUGUACAGGGUCAGGCAAAAUGAUCUGACACAUUUGUAGGUUAAAUAAAAGGCAAAUAAAGUAAAGAAACAAAAAAGUGUUUUUAUUUUGGAAAAGUACAUAUAAUGCCAUUUUUUUCAAAAAAUGCUUUGAUUCUUUAUAAUGUCAUUGUUUUUUGUUUCUUUCACAGUUGCUGCAUCGCGCUUUCAUUAUGGAAACGUUUAUCAAAACAAACAAAUCUGUAACUGCAACACAACGAGCGUUCCGUUUGCACUUCAAUCUUGGUAGACAUGAGCCCGUACCAGCUGGAAACACCAUCUUGUUAUGGUCACCAACUUCACAGCUACUGGAUCUGCAUUGAGCGUGUGGACAAUAAUGGAUCCCAUUUUAAUUUUUAAAACAUAAUGAAACAGAAUGGCAUUAUAGGUACUUUUCGAAAAUAAAAACACUUUCUUGUUUCUUUACUUUACUUGCCUUUUAUUUAACCUACAAAUGUGUCAGAUCAUUUUGCCUGACCCUGUAUUACAAUAGACAAAGCGACCCCGAUUGUCCGCCCAUGAGUGUGGAAACAAAUCCUGCUCCACUUGCUUCAAGUUUGGUUAGGUCCAAAAACAAGACCUUCAGUGUGAAGCUCCAUUUGAGAGGAAUUUGCAGGCAAGUUUCACCUUUCAGACCUUGUAGGCUGCUGUGCUGCAUGUGAUUGCCUCUUUAAAGGUCCCACGAUGUACCAUUUUUCAGCGAUUUUAAAUAAGGGAUCCCACAAUUGUGUAUUCCAAGUGUGGUGGACAAAAUCUAGCCUUGAUACUGGAAUUUAGACAGUUUAAAAGUGCUUUUAGUAAUCCUACGGGGAACACUGUGUUUUGUGUGUCUGUAGUUUUAAUGCGAAUGAGCUGUGUUUGUCUGCACCUGUCUCCGACGGAGUGCGUGGCUCCGAGAAGUGAUAUUUUUCAUAUAGGCGGGGCCGAUCCGAUCCAGUAUCAAUCCAGACCGAACACAUCGAAUGUCGGUCCAAUAUUUAUGGUGCACCCCUUAUUUUUAUUAGGGAUUAUUCUGCCUGUUGUGAGACCAUUCAAACCUGCAAUAAAAGCCUUUUGUUCCUGUGAUCAAGUCUGGUGCUUGUGUGUCACACCCAACAUUACAGUAACAUUAGUGACACGUGUAAAAUAUUAUGCUCAUGAUCUGUUGUGCUGCUCUGCUGCCGCCUGUCUGUGUUUGGUUGCAGUGCACUGCCGGCAGGCCUGGGAGGAGCCACCUGAGCACACCUGCUGCCAAUUUCCCAGACACUUCUUAAGCAGCACACUCUUGUCAUAUCAUUGCCAGAUUGUUCCUUGCCACUCGCCUGUUCCAU